GUGCCAACUACGGCUUUUGUGAGAUUGCAUCACAGGAGGAGACGGAGAGGGCUUUGCAGCUGGACGGCAUGUUGGUGCUUGGAGUGCCGGUGUCCAUCAAGCGGCCGAAUGACGCAGUCAGCCCUCUAGGCAUGAUCGGUGGUGUUCCAGUCGGCAUGCAGAUGCCUGGCCAGGGAGGCAUGUUGGCCUUACCCUCCGCACAGGUCAGUGCGACCAGCCCAGUGAUCCGCAUUGAUGAGAUCCUAAAGGUGGAUGACAAGACAACAGACGAUGAUUAUAAUGAUGUGAAGGAGGACAUGGCCGAGGGCUGUGGAGCCCAUGGAAAACUUGUCAGUGUCGCGAUUGUGAAGCCCCAUCAUGCACAGGGCAAUGCCACCUUGAAGCCUGGUGAUGUCUUCUUACAAUGCAGCACUACGGAUGAUGCCACAAAGAUCAUGCGUGCCAUGGGGCACCGCAAGUACGAUGGAAGGCACGUGGGGGACGAGGAAUUAUGUGUUCGGGUUUUUGCAGCCAUGGAACACUCGUGCUCGCAUACGGGUAAUCUUUUCUUGUCACAGCGAGCAACUUCAUUUCUUUAUAAUGAAGGAUCCACCAACUGGGUGUUUUUAUUUUUAUUUUUGCUUGAAGGACCAACAUUUGGUUGCGUGUGUUGCAAACAUCGCAAUAAAUGUCUUGACAAGCGGUCAGCAGUUCUCGUUAAAGCCAUACCAGUGACCCUUUAA